UGAAAAGAGGCCCUUUCGAGCAGGCUACGGGCCAGGGACUGUUUAGCUGUGGAGUUCCAGACAAAAAAGCGUGCCAUGGCAGCCAACCCGUCAACUCGAGUUGCUCGUCUUCAAACCAGGACGGCAUGAAGAGUUAUCGACAGGUCUCACACGCCCUUUCCAAAGUGGAAGCUUAUGUGAAUGGCCGCAUGCUGUCUUUCCCCUGUCCGUGCAUUCCACGAAAAUUUCCCUGGUGCAUCCGCAUGUCUCACCCAUAAAACCACACGCACACGUGUCUAUGUGGUAGCAAAACUAGGUGCCGCUGGUGAUAUCAGCCCACUGCUCAUCUCAACAUGGCACUUGGAAAACUUGGAAAACUACCUCGGUGACCGACGCUCAUGCCUACUGGCUCACCGCAGACCGGCUGAGAUUUUAUUUCACGUCGAACAAUAUGAGACUGUCGCCAAGUUGACAUGACUCGAGGGGUCGUGAAGGCAUAGCCUUGCGUAAAUUACGCACACUGUAACUGUCAUCGUGUUUCUGUAUACACAUGUGUGCUCCACGCACAGGAAAGCUCAUCUACCGAUGGCUAGCUAUAAACCACCGGCAGCCUCCUUUUCCACUGGCGUGACUUUUCUCCCUUGCAUGCGAGCAUUAUUUGGGUGGAUUAAUAAAGCAACUGCCAACCGCCAACCAGCCAACGAACCGCGCGGCGAGUUGGCCCUAAACCCUGUAUCGAAGCGUCAAGAGUUUCUUCAUGGGGCUGUCAGUGGCGCUGACCAGUCACGAAAACGACGACUUGGUAAUCCAAGACAACGUUGAGGUGUGUGAGAUGCUUACAGCGCCCGCAAGUCCAGUCUUCUCCUGUUCCCUCAGCUUCUUGGGGUCCAAAAAGCCCCUUUCUCGCUGCCUGUGUGAAAAGUCCGCUGGACUACCUAUUGGGCAUACAUAAUGGGAAUUAUUCCAGGUUUUCAGUUGACGUCGCAUCAUCAUAUUCAACAAGUCUAUUGUCACACUGCAUACAGGAUGGCCUUUUCGAAUAACCAGCGUCGAAUGCUCUCAAUCCAGCGUAUAAACACGAAUGCGCCAAAA